AUGAACAAAAAUGAAAAAGAUUGUUUGGUGUGCUUUAUCAAGAAUUCAUAUGGGUUCUUCUUAGAACCAAUAACUUUCAUUUGCUCACAUGACAAGAAGUUCAACUUUGGUGAAGUGAAGAAGAGAAAGUUGAUGUUUGGCAUAAACUACUUCUUGUUGAUUCUCAACACAAUAUUUUCAAUAUCAAUUCUGACAUCAACUGUUGUCUCCAAUGCUACUAACGAUAUCCUGGUACUUCUUCAUGACUUCAUAAUCAGUUCGAUGGGUUGUCUUGUACAUUUUUGGAAAUUGAAGGCAUUAUCCAAAGAUGGAAAUUUCCUCAAUGGUUAUCUCAAAAUACAAGAAGACAAAGACUUCUGCAUCCAGUCUAUGUCGAUUGUCAAAUACAUCAAGAGCAUGUCGAAGGUCAAAGUGAUUUUCAAUUGCUUCCUUUGGCCGACCAUGAGCUUCAUGAUAUACGCAGAAGUGCGCAAUUCGAUAGAUAACAACUACAUGCGUAUGGUGUCGAUUAUACUGGGUAUUUACCAUCAGUUAACACACGCAUUCACAUCUAAUAUGUAUUUAAGCAUUUUCAUGGUUGUUCAAAAGUUAGCUUCACAUUCCCUCAAGAACAACCUCCUACUGGCAAUCUCCCAUGAAGAUAGGCGGAAAUAUUACAAUGACAUCUGUGUUUUUUAUGAUUACAACUCUAGCUUACCACCGAAGAAGAAAAUUCCUAGCCAUCGGAGGUUGUUGAUGGCUGUUCAUAGAAACAAUGACAUCAUAAUGUUCAACAGCAGGAUAUACCUGUUGAUUUGGAUGAUGGGUCUGACGAUUAAUAUGUUUUUGUCCAUAUAUCUCAUGACUUAUUCGUAUGAAACCCGUUCUAGAAGUUUCCAUAAAUUCAUCAUCACGUUGAUACUGAUAGUUUUGGGUUUGAUUUGGACUGCACCUAGAGCUGACAUUGUGCACGGAUUCGUCGAAAUGUUGAUCACCACCCUGUCACUGCAGAGACCAGUUGUGAAAGCUUCAGAUACCAUAGUGAUUGGAACUAGAUUACUGGCAUCGACCGUAUCACCAAUUUUCUUAUUCAUAAAAUGCUUCGGAAUACUACCUGUCACUACUACACAUGAAAACAACAAGUGCAUCUUCAAACGAUCUUGGCCAUGGACUAUUUACUGUGGAAUCGUUUUCAGUUUGUACAUCUACCAGAUAAUAGUAAAUGUCGAUUAUGAGAAUAUCCUGACCAACAAGUCUCUGAUUGUUCUUCUAAAUCAGAUCACUAACGCUGUCUACGCACACUAUGUUUUGAUCAUAGUACUGGCAGCUUAUAUCAAGCUCCCUAAGUACACCACAACAAUGAACAAAUUCGCACAAGUGUUUAAACACGGCAUACUGUGCCAGUCUGCCAGGAGAAUAGUCCUCACAACGCAGUACUGCAUUAUCUCCUUGUUCAUAUGCCUAGCUGCCUCACAAGCUGGCCUUUACUACUGGUUGCACCAGUCGGAGACUCAUCAUACCAAUUUCAGCAUCUCAGACUUCUUCUUCAGGUUCUCACAAACGAUCUCCCUGGUUUUCUACUCGAAGUUCUUCGGCGUUGUGGCAGUGAUCAUAGGAGGAUUUGCAUGCUUCGAGAAACUUCUCAUCAGCAGUUUGAAGUACACUCCUGUGCAUCCUUUGGCUGGCAUUGAUGAGACCAAUAACGAGAGGGACUUCCUUGGAGUUAUUCACUAUAAGCUUUGUAGGAGCGAACACCAUAUUCUGGCUGAAUUUUCGACGCUGACUGCAGCUGAACUAGUGGAGUCCUUGAGGAUGUACCAUGAAGAUUUAUGUUUGUGCAUUUAUGCCUGGAAUGACUGUAUAGAUCCGAUGUUUUUGAUCCAUACUGUCUUGGAGCUCGCUAUUCUUAUCAUCCAUUGGUACGCUGUUGUUGCUCAUGUUGUUUAUAACUUCAAGAGUCCGAUGGCUUCAACUAUUCACAUACUUAACUCAAAACUAGUAGGCCUCUUUCCCCUCACAAGCACUCACCAAGGGGGUAGAUGUGUCUAUCAGAAGUCUUGGUACUGGAUAGCAUACACUGCUGGACUAGCCAGCUUCUACCUGUACCAGCUCCUGAUGAACUUCGAUUACAUCCACAUCAUGAGUAACAAGGGAUUCAUGCAGAUACUGCGGGAUAUAGUGAACUUGCUCUUCGCAUAUUGUAUGCUGCUGCUGUUGCUGCUAUCAUUCUUGCAGAUCCCGAAAUACAUCAAGUUUUUCGAUAAGAUGUCAGAUGUUUUUAAAGAUGGGAUAUUCUGCCAGUCUGCUAGACGAGUCGCUUUACUAACGGACUACAUCUUGACUGUCUUCACCUUCAUUAUAAUGAUAUGUUGGCUGUUCGAAGCUGAGCUACAAUUCUCUCAAUAUGUAGUGGGCCUGCGUAGCAUAAGUAAUUAG